AUGACAUCUGGUCCAGUUAAACCAACUCAUUCUACUACUUUGGCCAAUUGGUCUUAUCGUAAGGCCGGCACUGAAAAAUGGACUGCCUCGAAGCAUGGCAGACCAGCUACUCAGAUCCACGUUGAUCUGUUGGAUAAUGGCGAAAUUCCUGAUCCUUUUCUUGACGAAAAUGAAAAGCUCGUUCAGUGGGUGGCUGAUGAGGAGUGGGAGUAUCAAGCCGAAUUUACUGUCAGUUCCGAACAGCUUGAAUCGGGCAAAAAGACCGAUUUUGUCUAUGAAGGUUUAGACACAGUGGCUACUGUUUAUUUGAAUGACAAACAGAUUCUUCACUCGGAAAAUAUGUUCCAUAUUGGUCGUGUUGAUAUUACAAAAGAUGUUAAGGUCGGUACUAAUAAUGUUCGAAUUUUCUUUGCCAAUGCCUUGAUUCGAUCCAGACAAUUGGAGAAGAUUCAUGGUAAAAUGAGACUGUUCAAUGGUGAGACCAGUCGUGUCCAAUUAAGAAAGUCGCAAUAUCAUUACGGCUGGGAUUGGGGUCCAUUGCUCAUGACCAGUGGUCCUUACAGACCUGUCAAGAUUGAGACUUAUAACUAUCUUGUCAGUGAUGUGUUUGUCAAUGCCAAAGUUUCUGAUGAUCUGAAGGAAGUCACUGUAUCCAUUGAGGGUGAAAUUGAGGGCUCCAAGGGUGAACCAGGCUACCUGCCUCUUCAAUUCAAAGUGGAUAUCAAAUCUCCUAGUGGUGAACAAGUUGUAAACAAGACUUUUGAUAUUUCUGUCGAUAAAGACGGUGUUUCUAAGAACUCGCUCAAGAUUGAGAACCCCCAGUUAUGGUACCCUGCCAACUAUGGUGAGCAGCACCUUUACCAUAUCACUGUAGACGUUGUAUCUGGUAGUGAGACUAUUCAGUCUAUCGAAAAGGAUGUUGGAUUCCGCAAGGUCGAGCUCAUCCAACGCCCAUUAGUUGAUCAGGAAGGUACUACAUUCUUCUUCCAAGUCAACAAUAUUCCCAUCUACUGUGCCGGAGGAUGCUGGAUUCCUGCCCAUUCGUUUACUACCUGCUUAACUAACGACGACUACAAAAAAUGGAUCAAAUUGAUGAUCGAUGGGCACCAGAACAUGGUCCGUAUCUGGGGAGGUGGUAUUUACGAGGAGGAUAUCUUCUAUCAAGAGUGUGACAGACUUGGUAUCAUGGUUUGGCAAGAUUUUAUGUUUGCCUGUGGCCAAUACCCAGGAUACCCCGAGUUCCUCGAGUCUGUCUCAAAGGAGGCUGUUGAUCAGUUGAAGCGUCUUCGUAACUACUGCAGUAUUGUUCUCUAUGCUGGUAACAAUGAGGACUACCAAGUUGCUGAGGCGUACCCAGAAAUCGAGUAUGAUCCCAAUGACACUACAUCAGACUAUCUCAAAACCAACUUCCCUGCUAGACACAUUUACGAGAAGAUGUUUCCUGAGCUUGUUGCCGACUACUCGCCUGCUGUGCCAUACCAUCCUGGAUCUCCUUGGGGAGGAAAGACUUCGAGCGACCCAACCAUUGGUGAUAUCCAUCAGUGGAAUGUCUGGCACGGAAACCAAGAAAAGUAUCAAGAUUGGUACAAGCUUGGAGGCAGAUUUGUAUCUGAGUUUGGUAUGGAGGCACUUCCUGACCGUAAGACUGUUGACCAGUUUGUUACUAAGGAACAUGAGAAGUACCCACAAAGUCGUACCAUGGAUCUUCACAACAAGUCAGACGGCUUUGAGAGACGUCUUGCCUUGUACGUCAUGGAGAACAUCAAGGUCGAGGGUAUGGAUAUUGACAACUGGAUCUAUGCUACUCAGUUGAUGCAAUCCGAGUGUCUUGCUUAUGCCUACCGAUGCUGGAGAAGACAAUGGAAGGGACCUGGCCGUGAAUACUGUGCUGGCGCUCUUGUUUGGCAAGUUAAUGACUGCUGGCCAGUUACCAGUUGGGCCAUUGUCGACUUCUACUACCGUCCCAAAUUGUCUUACUACGCCGUCAAGCGAGAGUCGAGCCCUGUGUGGAUUGGAAUGUAUCGUAACGUCAACUAUCUUUCUGAAGAAGACAAGAAAGCUGCUGAAGAGGUACCCACUUUUGACUAUUUCAAGCGUGAACACUUUGAGGACAUUUGGGGUGUCAACAAUACCAUCCACGAGAAGAAGGUUGUUCUCCAUGUCGAGGUGUACGAAAUCGAAUCCGGUAAGCUUGUUGAGACUCUGCCACCCAAACCAGUCACUCUUAAGGCUAACCAGACCACUGAGAUCAUUCAGAACCUGCCAGUAGAGUCCAAGACCCACCACGUCGUCUAUUGUCGUCUGGUAGACGCCGACUCCAACAAGGUCAUUGCUCGUGGAGGUGACUGGCCCCAACCUCUUAAGUACCUGUCCUUCCCAGACCGCCAAGUCAAGGUCAAGGUCGAGGAUGGUCAAGUGCGCCUGUCCACCAACAAGCCAGUCAAAGGUGUCGAGAUCACUGUCAAAAACAAGGACCUCUUCCUCGAAGACAACGGUAUCGACCUGUUCCCUGGCGACGACCAGACUGUCAUCAUUCGCGGUCUCCUGUCCACAGACGAGGUCACUAUCAGGCACUACUAA